GGGCCCCGGGCACCGCGGGCGGGCGGGCGGGCGCCAUGGAGGAGGGCUCCAGCUCGCCCGUGUCCCCCGUGGACAGCCUGGGCACCAGCGAGGUGGAGCUGGAGCGGCAGCCCAAGCGCUUCGGCCGGAAGCGGCGCUACAGCAAGAAGUCGAGCGAAGAUGGCAGCCCGACGCCCGGCAAGCGCGCCAAGAAGGGCAGCCCGGGCGCGCAGUCCUUCGAGGAGCUGCAGAGCCAGCGCAUCCUGGCCAACGUGCGCGAGCGCCAGCGCACCCAGUCCCUCAACGAGGCCUUCGCCGCGCUGCGCAAGAUCAUCCCCACGCUGCCCUCCGACAAGCUCAGCAAGAUCCAGACGCUCAAGCUGGCCGCCCGCUACAUAGACUUCCUCUACCAGGUGCUGCAGAGCGACGAGAUGGACAGUAAGGUGACCAGCUGCAGCUACGUGGCCCACGAGCGCCUCAGCUACGCCUUCUCCGUGUGGCGCAUGGAGGGCGCGUGGUCCAUGUCCGCCUCCCACUAGCGCCGCCGGGACGCCCGCCUCCGGACCGGCCGGCGC